AUGGACCUAUUCUGUCAAUUAAAAGAUGAUGGAUACUUUGAUGGAUCAUUUGUUGAUAAAAAUUUGAUCAGAUAUUGUUUUAUGGGAAAAAUCCAAAAAGAACUUAAUGAAAUGGCACUAGAGUGGAAUGUACACAGAAUCAGAAAAUCUAGAAAUAGUAUCUGUUGUUAUGGAAGACCUAUAACAACGUUUGAAGCACCUGAAGAAUUUAAUACAACCAACUUUAUACAUAUUGUUCAAGAAAAUGAAUUACAACUUUGUAAAAAUGAACUGAUUAAUUUAACAAAUGUAACAUGUGAUCCAACUAUUAGUGAACUAUGUUCUAUUAUACUAGCAGAAGAAGUGAUUUGUAUUCCUGAUAAAUCUUAUAGUAUAAUUGAUGUUUAUAUUAUGUUAAGAAACAAAUUAAAAGAUACGUUAGAGUAG